UCCACUGUAUAUUCAGUCCCACUGCAGCACUUUUAAUUAUGGAAGUUUAUGGAAAACUCUGAUGAGGUGGAUCAGUCUCACGAGAGGGAGAGGCUGAAGAUGAGAAUCGCUGUUUUGGAGGAAAGUGUGAAGUCCUGUGAGGUGGAGUGUAAAGCCAGCAGGGAGACGGUGCUGAGGCUGGUCGCCGAGCUGGACCGAGAGCGGAGGAAGACCGCCAGCAGUGCAGCAGCUCUCGACUCACUCAAAGAGGAGCUGGACGGACUGGUGGUGGGAAGGAGGAGUGUUGAGCUGGAGAGGGGGACCCUGAUGGAGAGGCUCGACGCCAGCAAGAGAGUCAUCGAGGCAGCUCGGCGAGAGUCCCUGUGUUUGGAGAAACAGGCGGAGGAGCUUGAGAGGAAGCUACAGUCGAGCCAAGGAGAGACGCAGGCAGCUGAGGAGAAGCUGCAGGUGUUCCUGAAAAAGGUGGCAGGUCUGCUGCAGGGGAAGACCGAGAGCGUCGUCCUGCCCGCAGAGAAAGACGUUUUACAGCAACUGGAUAAGUCUUGGUCGGAGAUGGAGGCGAGGCUGUGUCAUGUCUCCGAGGAGCUGAGCGAGCAGACGGAGCUCCAGCACGGUACCCUGCAGAGGGCUCAGCUUGCAGAGCAGCAAGUCCAGGACCUGAGGGAGAGACUGCAAGGCCUGGAGACUGAGCUGCUGACGGCGGACGUGCAUCGUGACGGGCUGAGACACAGCAAACAGCAUUAUGAAGAGUUCCUGGAGCAGCUGUCUGAGACUAUGAAGGUUGACAGUAUUGCUGUGGAUUUAGGCUUCGACAUGAGGCUGAAACUCAUCCUGUCUCGUGCAGAGCAGCUUGUUAAACAAGAGACAACUGCUCUGGUGGAGAGCAAAAGUCUCACCUACAGCCUGCAGCGAAAGUUUAAGUCACAAAAAGACCAACUAGAGAGCAAAGGUCUCCACAUCCAGCUCCUGAGGAAGAAGGUGUCGGAGCUGGAGGAGGAGAAGAGGAGUCGACCAGCGUUGGCUGUGGAGCGAGAUGAUGCUCAUCUGGAGGCCAGGAGGCUGCAGAAAAAACUGGAGCGUCUCCAAGGCGAGCUGAAGGCUGCCAGGCUGUCCAACACUGAGCUCAAGGCCCAGCUGUCCCACACCAGUGAGCUCAAGUUGAAAGUGAUGGAACAGAGUCAGACCGUGCAGGAGCAGAAAAAGAGGCUGGAUCGGCUGGUGGAGGGGAAGGCCAAGGUGGAGAAGAAGCUGAACACGGUGAGCUCCGACCUGCAGAGCCAAGAGAAGAGGACCAGAGAGGACCAGCAGCAACUCAGCGCCCUCAGACAGAGCCUGGCUCAGCUGUCUGACCAGGAGAGAGAGUUGUUAGAUUUCAGGAUGGUUGUUUCCCAGAUGUUGGGUCUGGAUGUCACCGCCCCGGCUCUUCCAAACUGUGAAAUCAUCAAAUUACUGGAGACUGUUCUUCACUCUCAUCAUCACCAUCACCACCUUCAUCAUCAUGUUAACAUGCCCUGGCUCUGUCCUACUCACCAGAGGCAUCCUCUCCCCCAAAUCCAGGACCUUCCUAACAGCUCAUCCUUGGAUCUUUCUACCUCCAGGUCUGCAGUUUCCCUUCAUGAAGCAUAAAUUCAGACAUUAUGCAUAUGCCAAACUGCACUUAAACUGUAAAUGUUAUAUGUUGGUCUAAAAACUAUGUGAAAAUAAACCUUACACAGAAUCAAAUAAUGUAUCAAACACUGUGUUUUCCUGUUUGCGUUUUCAGGGAAAGCUCAGUAUAAAUAUGAUUCACCAAUGAUGCACUAAAAAAACAGUAGAAAUGUAAAAUCACAUUAAAAAAAUCAAAUAAAAAGACAAAUAUCAACAUGAGGAUUUGGCAUUCAUUGUUUUUGAUGGUCGCAUAUACAUACAUUUCUCAUAUUAAUUUUGAACUAUUAUAUACACAUAAUCCAUAAUAAUCCUGGACUGUUAUACAUUUGAUACUGAACUGACAGUCAUACAAAAUAUACAAUAGUUCUAUAUGUCAUAGUUCUCAAUCAUAAAGUCAUAUUUUAUAUUUCGUUUAAAAAAUAAAACAGCAAAAUGUAUAAAGACCAUGGGAUGUUGAAGGUUAAACUCUUGAAAUGUUUCUGGCUUUGAUAAUAAAAACACAUGACUUGGCUUAAAAUGAAUCUCACACGAAUCGAUGUAAUUCAAGUUAAAAACGGACUGUUUCCCAC